CUUUGAAGCUAUCAGAACCCACUUGUCUCUUAUCCUAAAAUCCCAAAUCCCCCCUCUGCUUCUUCCAAACAAACAAAUUAUUCGAUCUGUUAUAUCAACCAUGGCCGGCGAGAUCUUCGUCGUCUCAGCAGCCGGGCAAGGCCACCUCCAACCAUGCAUGGAGCUUUGCAACCACCUCCUCUCUCUCCACUACCACACCACCAUCGUCAUUCCCUCCUCUCUCUCCUCCGCCAUCCCCUCCUCCUUUUCCCAAAACCCACUCGCCCAAGUCCUCCCCGUCACCGCCUCCUCCGGCCCUCCCCGGCCCGGACCCGACCCCCUCCGCCAGCAAGCCGCCCAGGACCUCGACUGUCACCUCGCCGCCCGCCCCGCCUCCGCUCCCCGCGCUCUCUGCGCCGUCAUCGACUUCCAGAUGGGCUGGACCAAGGAGGUCUUCUGGAAGUUCGACGUCCCCGUCGUCGGGUUCUUCACCUUCGGCGCGUGCGCCGCCGCCAUGGAGUGGGGCGCGUGGAAGGUCCAGGCCAGUGACCUUCGCCCCGACGAGACCCGCCCGGUUCCCGGCCUACCCGAACAAAUGGCCCUCACUUAUUCCGAUCUCAAACGCAAGUCGGCCGGUCCUCCACGUGGCGAUCCCGGGGGUCCGAGAGGUCCACCUGGCGGAGGAGGAAGAGGCGGAGGUGGUGGAGGUCCGCCGAAACCGGGGAACCGCCCGCCAUGGGUGCCGGAGGUGGAAGGCUCGGUGGCGCUGAUGUUCAACACGUGUGACUAUCUGGAGCGUCCGUUCAUCCACUACAUGACCGAGCAAAUGGGGAUUCCGACGUGGGGAGUGGGCCCGCUCUUGCCGGAAUCAUACUGGCAGCCGUUGGAUUCCUCAAUCUCCCACCGUCAGAUCAGAGCUCAGCAGCGGCAGUCGAACUACUCCGAAAACGACGUCGUGAAAUGGCUGGACGGAAAACCCGUCAAAUCCGUGCUGUACGUAGCGUUCGGAAGCGAGGUGGGCCCUACUGCGGAGGAGUAUCCACAUCUGGCCAGCGCAUUGGAGGAGUCGGCCGGGCCGUUCAUCUGGGUCAUCCAAUCCGGGGCGGGUGGGUCCGAACCCGGGUACUACCCUGAUGGGUUGGAGAGCAGAGUAGGGGAGAGGGCUUUGAUAAUAAGGGGAUGGGCACCGCAGCUGCUGAUACUGAGCCACCCUUCAACUGGUGGUUUCUUGUCACAUUGUGGCUGGAACUCGACUAUGGAGGCGUUGGGCCGAGGCGUGCCGUUUUUGGGCUGGCCGGUGAGAGGUGAUCAAUACUUUAAUGCAAAAUUGGUGGUGAAACAUUUGAAGGUUGGGUACAGAGUUGCCGAGGAUUUAUCGGAGAUGGUUAGGAAGGAGGACAUUGUGAGGGGAAUAGUGAGGCUGAUGGGGGAUGGGGAGAUGAAGGAGAGAGCAGUUGCGAUACGGGAGAAGUUUAAGGAUGGGUUUCCGGCCAGCUCCAAGGCGGCAUUGGAUGCUUUUGGUGAUUUUAUUACUAGCCAGAAAGCAACUUAGAAUUAUAUACAUAAAUGAUAUGAUGUGUUCAUUGUGUUAUGCUCGUAUGCUUAAUUUGAUGCUCUCUGGCUUUGCUGCGUCGGACUUUGGUUGACUGAUGCAACAAGCUUGAGUAUUUAAGAGAUCAAGUAUAGUUUGUGAGACUUAGUGCUUAUUGCUUCACUAAGUAAAAAGCUCACUGGUUCAAUAAUAUUAUAAAUAUAUUU